GCAAAGCACAGAUCCUUGAAGGCUGUGAAUUCGCCGUUCCAUUGCAGAUGUUACAGUUCUGCUCGGCUGCCACAAGAGGGACGUAGAAGGAAAGCUAAGAGAACCGGGGAGAAAAAAACAAACCGAAAGAGCAGCUUCAUGCAGCUUCAGCUGCACUGUGGCUGUGAAAAAGUGUUCCUGAAGCAAACUGGAUGAGUACUUUGAAGCAAUGGAGGAAAAGGAGGAGAAGAUCUUGACAUUUCUUCAGUGAUCUCGGAUGGAGAAGAUACUUAGAUAUUAAGGGUGCCAUAACAGUGGUCUUUUAAUCGCUGGUGUCCUGAGAAGACCUGAUUGCUUGAGAUUUGAAGUUAAGAGACAUAAACCAGAUUUCAGCAAGCUGUAACUCUUCAAACCAGUCACAGAGCACGACCUUGAAUGGAUGAUUGCAUCUUGCACUGAAUGAAGCAUGUGGAGAGGAGAUUUCUGAAGAUAGAAGUUUGUUUUGACUGGAAACACUCAGCAGAAAGGUAGGACAGGACCAAUGAUUCUGCUCACUGCUGGGCAUGACCUUCACUGUCCACUCCUUUCCACAGUAUCCAUCUUUAGAAUUUGCAAAUGUUCAUCCAUGGCAUUCAGAAUGAGGAGAUGCUGAGAAGUUCUAAUGUACUGAGCUUAAUACUGAUCUACACGUGAGUGAAAUGGAAGAAAUAAACCAUGGUCGAUUUGAUCUUUGGAUUCACAACCAGAAGUCACUUGCUGUGCAUAACAUGAGGUGACAUGUUCCAGACAAGAAGAAUCAUGGAAAUGCCACCUAGCAGCCAGAAAUGACGUCCACCCGUCGUCCAGCAUCAGAGAAUAAGAACUUCAGAGGAAGGAAUGCAACUUCAUAAAUAGGAAACCACAGAUACUAAUGGGGAGCAGAGGCAAACCUGCAGGUUAAAAAGUAGUUGCAAGAGAAGCUCAUACAUCCACACUGCGUGGAGAUUCAAAGAUGAUUUCAGCUCUAGCCUUUGUUUUUCUCCUCUGCCUCUCCUGCCCUUUUUCAUCAUGUCAGCAGAGAAGAGCAGGAAUUGAAGUUGGGCCUGAAAUGCUGGAAGAGAUGAGAGAAACUAACCGUGUGUUAAUGGAAGUUCGAGACUUGUUGAAACAGCAGAUUAAGGAGAUAACAUUCCUGAAGAACACAGUCAUGGAGUGUGAUGCCUGUGGCAUACACACUGAAGCGACAGGCCCUCUCAUCACUGUGACACAGUUUAACAGAUGUGUCCCAAACCCCUGCUUCCCUGGAGUGCCCUGCACUGAGACCAGCACUGGCUUCCGCUGCGGACCCUGUCCCCCAGGUUACUCAGGGAAUGGGUCCCAGUGCACAGACAUCAAUGAGUGCAGUGCAAACCCCUGCUUCCCAAAGGUCCAGUGCAUUAACACUGCUCCUGGCUUCCGCUGUGAUCCUUGCCCUCCUGGCUUCACUGGGCAAACGGUCGAAGGAGUUGGACUAGCUUAUGCCAGGGCCAACAAACAGGUUUGCACUGACAUCAAUGAAUGUGAGACAGGUGCUGCCAGAAAUUGCGUCCCGAAUUCUAUCUGUAUCAAUACACGGGGAUCCUACAAGUGCGGAGCUUGUAAACCUGGCUUUGUUGGGGAUCAAAUCACCGGCUGCAAGAGCCAGACAGGGAGACUCUGCCCUAACGGCGAAGUCAGCCCGUGCCACGAGAAAGCACAGUGCAUCGUGGAGCGGGACGGCUCCAUCUCCUGCGCGUGCCUUGUGGGGUGGGCAGGGAAUGGCUACAUCUGUGGGAAGGAUACAGACAUUGAUGGAGUCCCUGAUGAAAAGCUGCGCUGCUCUGACAAGAAGUGCCGCAAGGAUAACUGCAUGACUGUCCCCAACUCUGGCCAGGAGGAUGCAGACAGGGACGGAAUUGGAGAUGCCUGUGAUGAUGAUGCUGAUGGAGAUGGGAUAUUAAAUGCCGAGGACAACUGCGUGUACACCCGCAAUGCAGACCAGCGCAAUGCAGACAAGGAUAACUUUGGGGAUGCCUGUGACAACUGUCGCCAAGUGAAGAACGAUGACCAACGGGACAUUGAUGGCGAUGGGAAAGGAGAUGAGUGUGACGAUGACAUAGAUGGAGAUGGAAUCAAAAAUCCAACGGACAACUGUAAAAGAGUUCCUAACCCUGAUCAAAAAGACACUGAUGGUGAUGGAGUAGGAGAUAUGUGCGACAGCUGCCCGACAGUCAGUAACCCAGACCAGAAAGAUACUGAUCAUGAUCUCGUGGGAGAUGUCUGUGACACCAACCAGGACAGCGAUGGCGAUGGCCACCAAGACACAAGAGAUAACUGCCCCUCAGUGCCUAACAGCUCCCAGGUGGACACAGACAAUGACGGACUAGGAGAUGAAUGUGAUGACGAUGAUGACAAUGAUGGGAUUCCAGAUGAGAAACCCCCAGGCCCUGACAACUGUCGGCUUGUCCCUAACCCUGGCCAAGAAGAUUCGGAUGGUGAUGGUGUGGGAAAUCUUUGUGAAGAGGACUUUGACAGAGACAUGGUGAUUGACAGAAUUGAUGUGUGCCCAGAGAACGCAGAAGUGACGCUAACUGACUUCAGGGCUUUCCAGACAGUCGUGCUGGACCCUGAGGGUGAUGCACAGAUUGACCCCAACUGGAUUGUCCUUAACCAGGGCAUGGAAAUUGUCCAAACCAUGAACAGCGAUCCUGGCUUGGCUGUAGGUUACACAGCAUUCAAUGGAGUGGACUUUGAGGGCACAUUCCAUGUCAACACUGCCACAGAUGACGAUUAUGCUGGCUUCAUAUUUGGCUACCAGGACAGUUCCAGCUUUUACGUGGUCAUGUGGAAGCAGAUGGAGCAGACAUACUGGCAGGCAAACCCCUUCCGAGCAGUCGCAGAACCUGGUAUUCAGCUGAAGGCAGUGAAGUCCAAAACAGGCCCAGGUGAGUAUCUGCGCAACUCCCUCUGGCACACUGGGGACACCACAGACCAAGUCAAACUGCUGUGGAAGGACCCCCGCAACUCCGGCUGGAAGGACAAGACGUCGUACCGCUGGUUCCUGCAACACCGGCCUCAGGUUGGAUACAUCAGAGCUCGCUUCUAUGAAGGCCCCGAGGUUGUAGCAGACACUGGAGUUGUCCUUGACACAACUAUGCGAGGAGGGCGCCUGGGAGUCUUCUGCUUCUCCCAAGAGAACAUUAUUUGGUCAAACCUGCGCUACCGCUGCAACGAUACCAUUCCAGAAGACUAUGAAACAUUUAAAGUUCAGCAAGACUAACCUGACUUUUAAAUGUCCAACAAAAUCUGCUUAUAAAAAAGUGCUCAGCUGCCCCACUGUUGCCUCUGGUAUACUGUAUAAAGAACUGUAAGUCAUAUACCACUGCACUCUGCACAGCACCAAGUGUCACUGCACUAUCUGGCAUGUUUCCUACAACAGCAACUUUCCUGUAAAUGCUACCAAAUCCUCUUGGAACAGCAGAAGCACAGACGUCAAGUGUGCCUCGAAGCCUGUGCUGCUGUUCUCUGCACUACGUGGAGAAAGAUGUGCUGAGAAGCUACUGCAGUAGCUGAAUGGUUUGACUAAGAUUAGCGUGGAUGAUUCCCUGGACUUUUUUCCCCACUCCAAGGCUCUCAAAUGUAAAUGUUGUCUUUUUCGACACCUACUAAAGCAAACCCAGCACGAGUCUGAAAGGGUCACAGAAAGCCAAGUCCAAUGUCCGAGUUGCUCACAAAGUAUUAAAAAAAAACAAAAAAAGCACUUUAGGGAGAGUAUCUUUGUUCUGGAAUGUUGGAUAAUAAAUACUCUAAUAGACUUCUC